UGGGCGGUUAAUAGCCGUGACUUGCAGAACGGCCAGCCUGGCCCUCUGGAUGCAGCUGCAGGGGCACGUGGGCAUGUGGGACCCCCCCUGAGGCGCCUUGUCUUUGCAGGAGCGGGCUGCUGGCCGCCGAGGAGACAGUGCAGGACCUGCGUGGAUGAGGGCAGGGAGUGAGCCGCGGCUGCGCCAGGAGCUCGGCAGUCCCGCCCCAGCGGCAGGGCCUGAACACGGGGGCAGCGGGCAGCGGCUCCCGGCGGGCCAUGGGCUCCUGCCUGUACAGCGCCUUCAGCCUGACCCUGCUCUCCACCCUGCUUUUCCUGCUUGUUUACAACAAGGGCUUGUGGAGCGAGCAGCGGGCCCUCUGGGCCUCUCUGACCAACGCCUCCCUGCUGGCCGGAGUCUGCCGCCAGAUAUCCGCGGGCAAGGUCUUCCACCCCGGGGGUAACGCCCUGAGGAUGCCGCUCGGGGCCCCCUCCUGCCGGGACUACCUCGCCCAGGGCCACUACGUGUCCACCCCGCUGUCCGCCGAGGAGGCCGCCUUCCCGCUGGCCUACGCCAUGGUGGUGCACAAGGACUUCGGCACCUUCGAGCGGCUCUUCAGGGCCGUGUACGCGCCCCAGAACGUGUACUGCGUGCACGUGGACCGCAAGGCGGACCCCGACUUCCAGCGGGCCGUGGAGCGGCUGCUGCGCUGCUUCCCCAACGCCUUCGCCGCCUCGCGGAGGGAGCCGGUGGUGUACGGGGGUGUGUCGCGGCUGCAGGCCGACCUGCACUGCCUGGCGGACCUGGCGGGCUCGGCCGUGCCCUGGAGGUACGUGCUCAACACCUGCGGACAGGACUUCCCGCUGAGGACCAACCUGGAGAUCGUGCGCUACCUGAAGAGGUUCCGGGGGCGCAACAUCACCCCGGGGGUGCUGCCCCCCGUGCACGCGGUGCCCAGGACCAGGUACGUGCACCGGGAGCACCUGGCCUAGGAGGCCUCCUACGUGAUCAGGACGGCGGCGCUCAAGGCGCCUGCGCCGCACAACCUGACCAUCUACUUCGGUUCGGCGUAUGUGGCGCUGACCAGGCCCUUCGUGGACUUUGUCCUGCACGACCCGAGGGCCGUGGACCUGCUGCGGUGGUCGCGGGACACCUUCAGCCCCGACGAGCACUUCUGGGUGACGCUGAACCGCAUCCCAGGUAGGGUCCCCCCUCCCGCGCCGUGGCCAUCGGAGACCGCAUGCGCACAGCUCACAUCCAGGCGCUUAGCCCGUCGGGCAGUUCGGGCAGUGCCUGCUGCUGCCGGGCUAAGAGAUGCCAGCUUGGUCUCGCAGAGGGAGAAACAGAGGCCCAGUAGUGCACCUGUUCAGGGCUGCAGGUCUGGGGCCCACGAGGUGGUCCAGGCUUACUGCUGA